GGAACCCGGAAGCAGGCGGUGCUGCAAUCAAGCCGUUUCCUGCGCCAGAGUCGGAGACGGGGCUGAGCUGCGAUCUGGUGAAGCGGAGUAGCUGCGGAGCCAUGACUCACCAGACCGGCAUCCACGCCACUACGGAAUUAAAGGACUUUUUUGCAAAGGCUCGGAAUGGUUCGAUCCGCCUGAUCAAAAUCGUAAUUGAGGAUGAGCAGUUAGUGCUUGGGGCCUCCAAAGAACCAUCUCGGCGCUGGGAUAAGGACUACGAUUCCUUUGUGCUUCCUCUGCUAGAUGAACUGCAGCCAUGCUACAUCCUUUACCGCCUGGAUACCCAAAACGCUCAGGGCUAUGAGUGGCUUUUCAUCUCCUGGUCACCUGACAACUCUCCUGUUAGACUCAAGAUGCUCUAUGCAGCAACCCGAGCGACAGUAAAGAAAGAGUUUGGAGGAGGACACAUUAAAGAUGAACUCUUUGGGACAGCAAAGGAAGACAUCUCGCUCAGUGGCUACCAGAAGCAUGUGUCUUCUUCCUCUGCUCCAGCUCCUCUGACUGCAGCCGAACAAGAGCUUCAGCAGAUCCGCAUCAAUGAGGUGAAAACUGAAAUCAGCGUAGAAAGCAAACACCAGACUCUCCAAGGCCUGGCCUUCCCUUUGCAGCCAGAUGCACAACAAGCCAUUCAGCUACUAAAGCAGAGGAAAAUCAAUUACAUCCAGCUGAAGCUGAACCUGGAGCAGGAGACCAUAGAAUUGGUCCACACAAAGGCUACAGAAAUUGCUGAUCUGCCUAGAAGAAUUCCUCAGGAUUCUGCCCGCUACCACUUCUUUCUGUUCAAACACUCUCAUGAGGGAGAUUAUCUGGAGUCAGUAGAUUGAAAUUGGUGAUGGAGCUGAGCUGACUGCUGAGUUCCUGUAUGAUGAGGUCCAUCCCAAGCAGCAUGCCUUCAAGCAGGCUUUUGCCAAGCCAAAAGGUCCUGUGGGCAAAAGGGGACAGAAGCGACUUAUCAAAGGACCAGGCGAGAACGGAGAAGACAGUUAAACCCAGAGGAUGGGUCAGCCUCCAGCAUCGCAGCUCCAAGGAAAUCCACUUCUCUGCAUUUGAGCCUGUCCACUGAACUCCAGAGCCUUUUCCCUACUUCUUUUCUCAAAGUCAUGUCCAUCGGUUUCAUUAACAGGAUGGGAGGGUUGGAAUCGGGGGACAGAGAGGAAGAGGAAGACGACGGCAUGCUCUUUUUUUCUUACCUUUUGCUCUAUGGUGAUUUAAAUCUAGGGGGAAGGGGUACCCUAGGGCUUUUUGUUCUUUGUUUUUUUUAAAAUAUUUCUUACAAUAGAUGCUGUUAUUGCUUCAUCUUGUGGCCUGUUUUACUUGGAAUCUGCACCACUCAAAAGAGUUUUGUUUUCCUCUCAUCUAAGAGAGUUAUAAACUUCUACCUUGGGUGCUGUGACCCCCCAUCAAAGAGAGGCACCAUUUGUAUGGUAACAAUAACUUAGUGGCACUCUAUCCUGUCAAAGCCAUUCCCUUACCAAGGGAGUCUGUUUCCCUAAUAUUUGAUGCAGUGGUCAGUUGCCUAUUGGUUAAGGCAAAUAGCAGUAUGUUCCAUGGAUUGUUUUUGAGGUAGGGUGGAGUUGAAGGGAUGGGGGUAGUGCUAAAAGAAACAGAUCUCCUCCAAAAUAGAGGUGCGUUGUUUGGGUUUUAAGAAACUCUUUGUUUCCCAAGCUACUGAAGAAGUAAAACACUCAUUUUGUUCAAGAGUCCUGAUAAUCCCAUUCUAGGCCUUACUGUUUGUGAGGGGAAAUCUCCAUCACAAAUCCAGUGAUGGGUUGGAUUUCUCUUAAAAGAUGCUCUGCUUCCUUUCUGAUCUGCAGAAAGCUAAUUAUACUGCCUUUCUUUCUUCCCUGCCUUAUGUCAUGAUGGCUCGUUGUGUGAUGUCACAGCCUGGGAUAGACACGUGGAUGGUUAGGAACUGGGAGCAUAAUUGUUAUCCUGCCCUUAUUGGCAUCGUUUUCACUUAACUACAUCAAGAUGGCAAGAAUCACCUCACGGGUAGCUCUCGAAUGCUUCCCCAGGUCACAUUUUCCACGUGUGCUAGCUUGCAGCCUAACACAGCAUUGAUUUAACUGAGAUCAUCUUCUGACUUAACUGAGAAAGUAGAUUCCUUCCUGAUCUGUUUUGUUGGGGAGUUUUUUCACCCAUCCAUGCUUGGCAUCUAAAGUAAAGUCGCUUGGUCCUUGGUCUUCUCAUAUUUACUCAAUUGUUUGUCCUCAUCCUAGAUCAUGACACGCAACCAAUGCAUCCCCUUGUCAUAGCUCUUUAGUUAUGUGAUAGAGCUUUGCCAGGCCAAAGGAGCAUUAGCCCUUUCAUUGGUCACUGAAUGCGGAUGGGCUCUGUCUUUCACAGAAUGUACUUUGCCCAGAGGAUGUUCAUUCCAUGUGUUGGAUACUGUCUGCCAAGACUAAUUGUUUUAGAUCCAUGAAAACCAGGUGGAAGGAAAGGAUAGCCCAUAGCAUGAAAUUGUUAGCCGUGUACAUGAUGGACGGGCAUUUUAACUGCCAAGGAGUCUGGGAAGAGUCUUGAUGAUCAGCUUUGAACGUCUAAAGGAGAAGCAGCCUGUGAUCUACUCACAAAAAACUCAAAACACAAUUGUGGACUGGGAGGUUAUGAAAAACCAUUAGGGCAGGUGAAUUCGAUAUACAUAAUGAAAGUUCCUAUGACCCCAAGGAGCAAUUUAUUGGUCUGCUUUUAUAUCUCAUGCAAACAAACUCUGAAAUUACAAGCUUUUUUAUUUUUUACAUAGCCAAUCGUAUGGUAUUAGUAUGGUGGGCCUGAGUGGAGUAGUAUUUGUGUAAGAGCAAGCCUGGAUGUGCUCUGGGUCAUUCUUUCCCCAGUGGGACUGAUCUGCAAUUUAAGAAAGAAAGAGUAGGUUUUGCCAAAUUCCAAAUAUUCUGUAUGGGGGAAAAAUAGAAUCACAGAUUCUAAAAAUAAAAAACUGGAAAAAAAUCAUAGAUUCUCAAAAAUAGGACAAAAUUUAGGCCUUCAUUUCCAAUCCCCUACUCACUACAGGAAUCCAGAUGAAAAUGUCUAUGAUGGAAGUGGUGGUAUGCACCAUCAUUUCAUGGAUGGGGGAAAGUCUAAAUCUUAAUUUUUCCUGAUUUUUUUUAACUGUUCAUCUUUUGCAUCUUAGGUUUAUUGGCAUCCCUUGGGACAGAUGUCUUUAUAAUAAUGUAGUGCUUAGAAAUAAACAGAUCUUGCAUCCAGUAUAUGAUUCUAAGGUAAUAAUUAAAUUUAAAUUUUGUCCUAAAACAUGUUCAAACAGCAAGAUUCUGUUUUUAACAGGCAUAUGCAGUGAUCAGCAACUAAAAUACAAAAUCUAAGCAUAACACUGGUCAGUGCACAACAUUUCAAUUUUUUUUUUUAAAAAAAGAUGGGUGGUUCUUUGGACAUUUUGAAGGCUCUAUCUACAUUGCUGAUCUUUGGCACAAUAAUAUCUUUAAAUACUUUAUUUUUACUGUGACCAAAUCUCAAUCAGUUCAGCUAAAUCUAGAGAUAUGAUAUUCUGUAAUAUUUGGAUUUGGACCUCUGCAGUUUCUGCAUCAUAUAUGCAAAGAUAGCUUUACUACUUUCAUUUUAAGUUUUUGUUGAGAGUGCUACACUCUUGUAAUAAUAUGAUUUAUUUUCCCAGGCAAAUGUUAUAUUUUAGGUUAGAUUUGUCCUGCGUGUUUUGUUCCAUUCUCCUCACCAAUAAGAGGCAGAUUAUUAUCAUUUUUGUUCCCUAUUAUAUUUUGAUGCAGAAGAACAAAUAUUUGCCAUUCCAAUACUGAUAACAGCUAUUACUCUGAUCCGGAACUCAUAUUUCCAUGGGUUCUUGAUGAGAUAUUAAGCAUACUUGGAUGACUACUGUUGGCAUUUUCCUCGUUUUUCACUAAUUGCAUUAAUUAAUCCAUGUGAUUCCAACAAAUGAGGCAGAAAAGUAA